AUGGACAACUCAUUGCUGCAUGGUCUACCCAGUAAUGAUGUGAACUUAACACAAGAUAACAGUUCUGGAUUUGGUCUACUGCCACCAAUUGUUGAUUCUGACCUUCAGAAUUUAAUAAACAAUAUUACGCUGGGAAUUGCAGUUUUUGGAAUAAUUGCCAAUCUUUCUUAUCUGUAUGUGAUCGCAAAAAUACCACGAAUGCGAACAGUCACCAAUGUUUACUUACUGAAUCUCAGCGUUGCUGAUAUACUGUUUUUAAUCGCUAUGACGACAUAUAACAUCCUCAUUUUGUAUCUUAUGAUUGAGGUGAAGAACCCAACAGCAGCGUGUAUCGCUGUUAAUGCCAUUUUGGUUUUACCCAUGAAUGCUUCCGUCUUUACAAUUGCACUUGUUGCAACAGAUCGCUACAUUGCUGUAUGUCAUCCAAUGAAAGCCAAGAGAAUGAAUACAAAGAAGCAGGCUAUAUGGAUCAUCAUACUGACCUGGUUAAUUGCACCAGUAUUUAGCAUUCCUAGCAGUUUAGUAUGUGUAAUACCAGACAGUACAACAUUAGUAAUAGUAGCACUUAUACUACAAAUGGGACCGUUCAUGUUGUCCAUGCUGACUGUCAUCAUACUUUAUAUGCUGAUUGUUCGACAAAUGCACAAACGAGAAACUAACACGACUACAAAGAAUUUAGAAUUGAUAGCAAAACGUGAAAAAAGACAAGUUAUAACAGUAUUGAUAAUUGCUACUUUUAUUUUUUUUGGAUGUGUACUUCCAUUCCAAAUUAAAACAUUCUUUGAACUCCUUAUAAUUUUUGGCAAACCAAUGCCAAUUUCUUUUCAAAAUUACCAGACACUGAUCACUAUUACAAUUAUGCUGCUUUUUUUGAACUCAGCCAUCAACCCAAUAAUCUACAAAACAUUCAGUUCAAAGUACCGUUUGGCAUUUUUAGAAGCAUUCUUCUGUUACAAGUGCAUUGGUAGCGUGCCAAAGCCGAGAAGAGGAAGCUUAUCGCAUUCUUCAACAUAUUCUACUGAACGUCUAGCUGGUCACAGAAUUAAGAUUACAAAUGGAAAGAUGAAAAACGGAACUUGGCUUUGA